UCUCAGCUGCUGGAGCAACAGAAAUGUCUGGAGCAGCAGACAGAGAUGCGGGUGCAGCUUCUUCAGGAUCUGCAGGAUUUCUUCCGCAAGAAAGCCGAGAUCGAAAGCGAAUACUCGCGCAACCUAGAAAAGCUUGCCGAACGCUUUAUGGCCAAGACACGCAGCACUAAGGACCACCAGCAGUACAAGAAAGACCAAAACCUGCUGUCCCCAGUCAACUGCUGGUACCUGCUACUGAACCAGGUGCGCAGAGAAAGUAAGGACCAUGCCACACUCAGCGACCUCUACCUCAACAACGUCAUCACACGCCUAUCUCACGUCAGCGAGGACAACACACGUCUGCUAAAAAAAAGUAAAGAGAUCACUUUCCAACUGCAGGAAGACCUGAUGAAGAUUCUUAAUGAACUCUAUACAGUAAUGAAGACAUACCACAUGUACCACAGCGAGACUCUGAGCUCGGAGAACAAGUUAAAAGAGGCUGAGCGGCAAGGUGAAAGACAGGGUCGUGGAGGAGAGGUUUUUGGUAUACGCAAUGAGGAGCGCCAUCAGCGCCGCAACGCUGCCCGCAAAAUCCAGAAAAUGAAGGAGAAGCGCCAGGCCAAAUACUCUGAGAAUAAGCUGAAGGUUAUGAAGGCACGAAAUGAAUAUCUGUUGACUCUGGAGGCUGCCAAUGCUGCUCUGUUUAAGUACUACAUCCAGGACCUUUCCCACUUGAUUGACUGCUGUGACCUGGGCUACCAUUCCAGCCUGAGCCGUGCAUUGCGUACAUACCUGUCGGCGGAGUACAGUCUAGAGACGUCCCGUCAUGAGGGUCUGGACAUCCUUGAGGGGGCAGUGGAGGGUCUAGACCCACGCAGUGACCGCCAGCGCUUCAUGGAAACCCACCCUACUGCUUUCACACCACCUGCACGCUUCACGUUCCAGUCCCAUAUGGGUGACCAGGUGAAUCAGUUAACAGCUGUGCCGCAAGUGCAGGCUGAGCUUCUACUCCGCUAUCAGCAGCUCCAGUCCCGUCUUGCCACACUAAAGAUUGAGAACGAGGAGGUGAAGAAGACGUCUGAGGCUACCCUGAGUACUACUCAGGAUAUGCUAAACAUGGAGGACUAUGACGUGUCUGAAAGCUUCCAGCACAGUCGUUCCACAGAGUCUGUAAAAUCCAGCGUGUCUGACACUUACCUCAGCAAACCCAGCCUGGCCAAGAGACGAGCUAACCAGCAGGAGACGGAGCUUUUUUAUUUUACUAAACUGAGAGAGUAUCUGGAGGGAAGUAACCUCAUCUCCAAACUACAGGCCAAGCAUGAUCUACUGAAGAGGAGUAUAGCAGAGGGCUACCGAGCAGACAUAAUGACCACCAGCUGCCGCAGAAACUCCCACAGCAGACACCAGGACUCUACGAAGGCCAUUCCACUGAUCGUAGAAAGCUGUAUCCGCUACAUUAACCUCUAUGGUUUGCAGCACCAAGGGAUUUUCAGAGUGUCUGGCUCUCAGGUAGAGGUCAAUGACAUCAAGAACUCAUUCGAGAGAGGAAACAACCCGCUGACAGAUGAGGAGAACAACCAUGAUAUUAACUCGGUGGCAGGCGUGUUAAAGAUGUACUUUCGCAACCUGGACAACUCGCUUAUCCCUAAAGAAAAGUUCAAUGACCUCAUCGCCUAUGUUUGCACAGAGAAUUUGUAUGAGCGAGCACUGUCUAUCCGAAAGAUCCUGAUGACAUCACCACGGCCUGCUCUUGUGAUCAUGAGAUACCUUUUUGCAUUCCUUAACCAUCUCUCACAGUACAGCGAUGAAAACAUGAUGGAUCCUGGGAAUUUGGCCAUCUGCUUUGGGCCCACACUGAUGCCCACACCCGAUCUGCUGGACCAGGUCUCGUGCCAGGCUCACGUCAACGAGAUCAUCAAAACUAUCAUCAUCCACCACGAGGCAAUCUUCCCUGAUUCCAAAGAGCUGGAGGGUCCGGUCUACGAGAAGUGCAUGAGCAGCACAGAGUACUGUGAGAGUCCAUACAGUGAACCAGGAGCAUUUGAAGAAGGAGAGCAGGAUGGUGGCACCGAGACACAGACCAGUGAGGAAGAGGGUGAACCAGUAGAGGCUACAGCUAAGUUCGACUAUGUAGGGCGCUCUGGUCGUGAGCUCACCUUUAAGAAAGGAGCAACUCUACUGCUGCUCCAGAGGGCCUCAGAGGACUGGUGGGAGGGACGCUGCAAUGGUACUGACGGGCUCAUACCACACCAAUAUAUCACCCUGCAGGAAGAUGAGGCCAUGUCGGACACCAUGAGUCAGAAAACAGACAGUGAACACAGCAGCACUCCGUCAGAUGAAGUUAGCUCCAGACGCUCCUUAACUUCCCCUACUGAACCCAGACUGCCAGAAACUUUCAUUAGCCGUCACAGGAAGAGGACGGAGGCUUUGCUGCGACGUGCACCCGGUCACUGCCAUGGUAACGGCCUGGAGCGCAGCUCUCCUCCGGUGACAGUGACGGUGACAGGGCAUUUUAGCCCACGUGAGCUGCUGCGUGGGCACAUCGGGCACCAGGAUAGCCCUGAGCAAACACGCCGACGUGGCGCCCCCACCACCAACACCAAUGGUACAAUGAACUCCAGCAUCAGCCGCCAUGAGUCCCUGCGUAGGGAGCGGGAGAGUCCACCCAUCCGCCAGUCACCAACCACACUGCACUGCAGCAUUCCUGAACAGCGGACACGUACACUCAACCCACACACCAUGGCACAGGACAUCGAGGAGACCAUGAGCCUGGCGCUGAACGAACUACGGGAGCUUGGAAGGCAGAGCGGAAAGCCAGACCUGGUCCUCGACACCCUGGAGCAGGUGAAGAGCAGUCCCUCCCUUCCUUCUGGCUCUACACCCUCUACUCUGUCCAGCCCGUCUGAUUCUCCAAGCCCGCUGAGCCCCCUAAGCCCCCUACCCCCGCUGCCCGGCCCAGUGUCCCACCGCUGCCCGGACCCACUCCCCUCACCCCGCAUGGGAGUGACACUCCGGCCCCCGGCUCUCCGCCCCAAACCGGCGGUAAUGCCCAAAACCAACGCUCAGCCCCCACAACAGCCUCCGAUGACACCUCAAAACUUCCCAAAUGACAAAUCAGGCACUAUGUAGGUUUGGAAAACAGGUUCAACAAGAGGAAAACAGGGUCCCGAUUAAGCCUGAGGACUGAAUUAUACCUACGGAGGGUGAGACAGGGUGACGAUGUUAAUAGUGAAUACAACCAUAGGGUUGAUAGCUCAGCUUCCAUGCAAUGACAGUCAGCUAGAGUUAGUCUAAGAUAUUCUAAUCAUUUACUGUGUUGUCAGGGUAACGUGUGCGUGCAUAUUCUCUAAAAUGACUAGUCUGUGUGUAGAUACUUUAUGAGGAACACAUUCAGAGAUGGCAGUAAAAAAUGAGGGUCUUUUGUACAGGUUUUUUUGGAUUUGUGACCCUGCGUUCACACACUAGACAAUGAAUGUCAUGGAUCGCAUGUAAAUCUGAUGAAGAAAGUCACGAUUCUUGCUGUAGCU